AUGGAUUCGAGGAGCCGUCGCAGGGAAAGUUACCUAGACAUAGCCGGCAGAGAUAUCGAGCUUGCCAAUAUGAACGCUAAUGUUUUACGGGAUAGGAGCGUUCAGUGCUUUUCCCGCUUCGGGAUACGUCAUCUCUGGUGUGGCGCAAUGAAGUGGAGGCGUAUGCGUAAGUACCAUAUAGUACAUGUUAAAUUGUCAUUAGCACCGGAUCAACAUGUUGUGCUUAGUUCUAGUUGA